UACCAAACCACUGACACGACCACCGACUAGUCCGUUUUGCUAUCGCGCAACCAAUAAGUAUACGCCAUGAAUCAUGCGUAUCCUAUCAUGGAAUAUCAACGGUGUUAGGACUCUUCCCCAAUAUCAUCCAUGGAACACGUUCAAGACCUUUCGGGAGAUAUUGACCCAUCUCCAGGCCGACAUCGUCUGCUUCCAAGAAAUGAAGACCGCGCGCAACGGGCUUGACCGUAACAUUGCUGUCCCAGAUCCCUUCGACGGCUACUUCUCCUUCCCUGCCAAUAAGGGUGGGUAUAGUGGGGUAGCCAUCUACACAGACUCUCGCACUGUUGCUCCACUCAAAGCGGAGGAAGGCCUUUCAGGGACAGUUCAACCAAAACCUCCGCUCAGCGAAGAUGAACGGAUAUCACGUCACUAUCCCUGUGCUAACGAGAUGAACCUAAUCCCAGAUGAACACGGCAACAAACCAUCCGAGUUGACAUCUCUCGAUACUGAAGGCCGGGCCCUCAUACUAGACUUGGGCCUGUUCGUUCUUAUCAACGUUUACUGCCCUAACGAAACAUCUGAUUCCCGACUGCCAUUCAAAAUGAAUUAUCACUUGAUGCUGCAGGAGCGCGUCGGCAAGCUGAUCAACGAGGGCAGAGAUGUUAUCGUUGUUGGUGACAUAAAUAUAUGUGCCACUCCGCUCGACCACUGUGACGGCCAUCUCGCCAGUAAUGCUGCGACGUUUUAUGAUCAUCCCGCACGCGCGUGGUUUCGUGACUGGCUUUCCCCUAACGGUUGUAUGACCGACGCGGUGCGAACCCUUUGGCCCUGCAGGAAGGGAAUGUACACAUGCUGGAAUACGAAGAUAUGCGCCAGAGAGACCAACUAUGGGACCCGCGUCGACUACAUCUUGGUUACCAGAGGGAUCCUUCCUUGGAUCAAGCACGCCGAGGGCAAGACCGCAGCAGUCCCGCGGCUUGCUGCGAGGUGUUGGGACGAGUUCUCCGGUAAACAGACGUUAUUGUCCGCGUUUUUCUCGAAAGGGGACAGGGUCUCAACGGCAGCGAGUGCCUCAGAUUCGUCAUCAUCACCUUCGGGAUCGCCAUCCGCUUCCCAAGCGUCGGUUAUCUCAUCCAGCACUGCGUCGAAUGCCCCAGAUGCUGUGCUGCCGGACCGCACAGAGUCCCUAGAUCUCGCGAAUCCACUACUAAUACACGAUGCGGGACCCACGGGGGCUAUAAAAACUGGCGUAGAGGAGCAAGAGAGGAUACCUUCAAAACCACCCACCGGACCGCCGAAACGCAAGCUGACAGAUGUUCCGGCAGCACGGACUAAGCCGAAUAAGAAACUCAGACCUGCAGGCGGUUCUUCAGCGGCGGGAAAAGGUACUCUUGAUGCAUUCUUUGCUACUCCACAACCAUCACGACCUUCACAAUCUCAAUCACGGCCAUCACCACCGCAAUCACAAUCUCAGGCCAAUGGUGAUCCGUUGGCGUCGGAUUGUGAUCCUCACUCGCCCAACUCAGAUUAUCAGUUAGCGCUCCGCUUAUCUCUCUGCCUGGACGAAGACGUUCUAUGUGCGCCUGGGCCAUCCCAGACCGUUGAUUCUCAAACACCAUCAACGCUGUCAAAGUCCGCAAUAGAGCCAUCACAGUGCCGCUCCUCCUCGGGAAGUAAAGCAGCAUGGUCAAAGCUCAUGGCACCCAUCGAACCCCCAAAAUGCAACGUUCACGGCGAGCCCGCCAAGUUGUACACGGUGAACAAACCAGGGCCUAACAAAGGAAAGACCUUCUAUAUUUGUUCUCGGCCCGUCGGUCCGGGUUACGACAAGGGCAGAGGGGAACGGCCACGUGACGAAGUCGACCACCGAUAUCGAUGCAAUUUCUUUAAGUGGGCAUCCGAAGUUAGGCGGGAGUCGGCUUCCUCGUCCUCGUCCUCGUUACCGUCGGCUUCGUCUUCUCAAAAGUGAUCACGAGAAAGACGAGAAUGGCCGAGAUUGCUAGACUCGCUUAACUGGUGCCCAGUUUUACAUUAUUAGUCGUUUGGGCGCCUCACACUUCGACAAUAGAGGUGGGUGGGUGAUAACGUAUGCGUACAUAUGUGUGUAUGCUUAGAUAUGGGUGACAUGGACGUUGGGCGCGUUUUCACGCCACGCUGCUGCGCUCCGUCAUUGUUGCACCGGUUCCCGCAUAACCGAAUUGCCGGAUCUCGUAAGGGUCGUAUAUGAGG